AUGCGCAACCGCGUCCUGCGCGCAUCUGGCCGCUUUGUUCAGGGCCAGAGGAAGUCGCACUACGAGGAAAAUGAGACGGAGAGGAAACAGAACAGCGAUCUAAUAGAGACACUGAAGAAGGAAAUAAAACUGAGAAUUGAGGAGCUGGUUCAGGCUCGUGCAGUUAUCGGCGAGGAAGAGGCUCAGAUCAAGAAGUAUCUGAACGAUGUGUGUCCUAUCGGCAAUAAGACCUCUGAUCAGUUCGCUUGGACGCAUCGAGGAACUACUGAAGAGGCAACAAGA